GAGAAAUUUGACCAUACCGACGUACAGAAACCCAAUAUCCACGUCGAUAACGUAGUUAUGCCGCACGGGAGUGAGUUAGCGAAGAAAAAUGAUCCAACAGCCGUUACCAUUGUAUACUGAUCUCUAUAAAUGAUUAUCACGAUUACAAUUGCACGUAUAUGUAUAUAUAUAUUUCAUACGGUUAAAUUCAAUCCGUAAGUGAAGUUAAACAUCAAUUAUCUUGGAGCACAUGCUGUCCAUUCGUCAUUCGCCGCGAGGCCGUCACGCCGUCGAGGUCGACCCGCAGUUUUCGGCAUCGCUGAACCCAAUCAUUAAAUCAGGUCGUGAAACAAGAAAAUCGGUUAUCACCGAGUGCCAGAACGAUUCGCCGACGCGUAAAGAAUUUAGUGAAAAGGAUUAGCCAACUGAAGUUUCACAGCGUGAUUGUCGUCACCGUGUAAAAUCGUCCUUGAACAACUACGAGAGAGAAAGAAGGAUCAGGAAUUUUUAUGAAUAUCAGUUUCUCGUAAUUCUUGGACGCGACAGUUUUUUUUUUGGAAAAUAACGAAUAAGUGUAUUAAAAAGUAGUAUAAAAAUGCCUGAACAAAUUUGUCGCGAUUACUUCGAGGAGGAUUUCCUGCAGAAUCAGCUGAUGAAAUUGGUGAAAAGUUUGAACGUUAUCAGACCGAAAUUCCGUGUUUCCUUAGCGAGUGACAAAGCUGAUAACUUCGUUGGGUGCGUUUACAGAGUAGUUGUCAGCGAUGAAAAUAAUGGAAAGGAAUGUUCGCGUCGAUCGUUCAUAUUCAAGGCUCCGUCAAGGGACUGGAGUCGCAGGCGUUUCAUGCAAUCGUCCUUGCUGUUCGCACGUGAAACUCUCUUCUAUGAGACAGUGGUGCCAAUUUUUGAGGAUUUACUGAAGGAGCGCGGCAAGUCGCUUGAUUUCGUGCCAAAAUAUUACGGCGGCAGCACCGUUGAAAACGAGGAGACAAUAAUCCUCGAGGAUCUGUCUACUCGGGGUUUCGUCCUCAGGGAUCGUUUGCGACAAUUGGAUCAUGCACAUGCCUCGUUGGCAGUUCGUUACUUGGGACGUCUGCACGCCAUCAGCUUCGCUUUGCGCGAUCAGAGACCGGAUGAAUUUAGAAUAUUUUCAGGAAUGAGAGAAGACGUUUUUCGAAAGGAAUGUUUGGAAACUGAAGGAUAUCGUAAUCGCGAAAAAGUCUUUGCUCAGUGCGUAAGAACGGUACUGCAGGACGAAGAUCCUUAUUACACAGAAAGAUUUGAAGAAUUUUUGAAGGAUUCAGUUGAAAAAGUGCAGCUUUGUUGCAGAGCAGAAACAGCCGAGCCAUACAGUGCAUUGAAUCAUGGGGAUUGUUGGUCGAACAAUCUACUCUUCAAGUACAAUGAGGCAACAAACGAACCGACCGCAAUGUACUUUGUGGAUUUUCAAGUUUCCCGUUACGUGUCGCCCGCAUUGGAUAUUCACUAUUUACUCUAUUGCAGUUGCAAUCAGAAAUUGCGAAGCGCUUAUUACGACAAACUGAUUGAAGAGUAUUACGACUCAUUUUCAAAGUACCUCAGGGAAUUGGGUUCAGACCCAAAUAAACUGUUUCCAAUGGAAGCGCUGCAGGAGCAGCUGAAGAAAUUUGGAACGUUUGCCGGCGUCGCGUGUUUAAUUCUAAUUCACAUGUUCACUUUCGGUAGAAGAGAUGUUCCAAAUGUCGACGCGUCGAAUGACGACGUGAAAUGUUUGCAAGAAAGAUUGAAGAAAGAUCAUUUUUAUCGCGAAACUUUGCACGACUGCUUCAAGGAUCUGAUCGACCGUAAUUACAUCUAGAGCGACGCGCAUGCAGAAUUUAAGAAUUUUACAACCGACGAAAAAGUUUCAUUCGUUAAGCUUAACUCAUAGUUCUUUACGUCAACAGUUUUUACGACAGUUUAUUACUUAUGUAUCUUUUUUAAUUAUACAAAAUAACGAGCUUCUUUUCGAUAGAAAAUGUUACGUGCAAUCAUUUCUUCUUUUCCAUCAAACUAGAGUAGCGGUCGCUCGAAGCUCAGUAGUAAGGUCUUCGCGGAUUGUUCUGUAAUUAUUUCACUGUUAGUAACGAAUAAAAAUAUUUUUAAAAAGA